AUGGUUGUUCCUCUCUUGGCGCGUAGCUUCGAAUCGCUAGGGUUUGUUACGGAGAGAAGUUGGGUUUCAGUUACGAAUGAAAGUAGCGAGGGAAAGAGACAAGGAGGGUUUGGUUGGGAGGAAGAAAAUGGAGAUGGAGAAGAAAUGGAGAAAAUGGACAGAAGAACGGCGUUUGAGAAAAAUCUUGCUAUAAUAAAGAGGAGAGGGCAAAAAGUGAUUACAGUUUUAGGACGCGCCACUCUUCCCCUCCACAAUAUCCGUGACGGUAGGGUGACACAUGAGAGUGAUGCCAAAGGGUAUACUUUGAAAAUUGCUUAG